AUGCUUCCUGCCUCUUCAAAGAUGCCCCACAAACAACCGCCUCCUCGUAAGCAGAGCAUCACCAUGGGCAGAGGAGCCAGAAAGAGAGAUGAAGACUCAGGGACUGAAGUAGGGGAAGGGACAGAUGAAUGGGUGCAGUCCAAAGCCACAGUUAAACCCCCUGACCAACUGGACUUGACUGAUGCGGAGCUGAAGGAGGAGUUCACCCGGAUUCUGACGGCCAACAACCCACAUGCACCCCAGAACAUUGUAAGGUACAGCUUCAAAGAAGGCACAUACAAGCUCAUUGGCUUUGUGGACCAGCUGGCAGUUCACUUCACCCAGGUCGGGAACCUGAUCCCCAAAGACUCGGAUGAAGGGCGGCGGCAGCACUACCGUGAUGAGUUAGCAGCCGGUUCUCAGGAGUCCACCAAGGUGGUGAUUUCAGAAACAGAAAUCCUGGAAGAAGAAGAAGAGCCCAAGGAAGCUGAAGCUGGGAGUCAAACAGAUGUGCCUAUAGUUGAGGCAUCUGAGAAAGUGGCUGAAGAAGAAUUGAUGACUCCUAAGCAGCCUAAGGAGCGAAAGCUCACCAACAAGUUCAACUUCAGUGAGAGGGCCUCACAGACCUUCAAUAACCCUCUCCGGGACCGAGAAUGUCAGAUGGAGCCUCCUCCUAGGACAAACUUUUCAGCCACAGCCAACCAGUGGGAGAUCUAUGAUGCCUACAUGGAAGAGCUCGAGAAGCAGGAAAAGACUAAAGAGAAGGAGAAGACAAAGACCCCAGUGGCUAAAAAGAUGGGGAAAAUGGCCAUGAGGAAGAUGACAUCUAUGGAGUCCCAGAGUGAUGACAUCACCAAAGUGACCCAAGCAGCUAAAAUUGUGGAGCGGAUGGUCAACCAAAACACAUAUGAUGAUGUUGCUCAGGAUUUUAAGUACUAUGAGGAUGCGGCUGACGAGUAUCGGGACCAGGAGGGUACCCUGCUGCCUCUCUGGAAGUUCCAAAAUGACAAAGCGAAGCGCCUGGCCGUCACCGCCCUCUGCUGGAAUCCAAAGUACAACGAUCUGUUUGCAGUGGGGCAUGGCUCCUAUGACUUCAUGAAGCAGAGCCGUGGCAUGCUGCUCGUAUACAGUAUGAAGAACCCCAGCUUCCCUGAAUACAUCUUCAGCAGUGAGAGCGGCAUCAUGUGCCUGGACAUGCACGUGGACCACCCCUACCUGGUGGUGGUGGGCCACUAUGAUGGCAACGUAGCCAUUUACAACCUCAAGAAGCCCCACUCCCAGCCCUCCUUCCGCAGCUCAGCCAAGUCUGGCAAGCACACGGACCCUGUGUGGCAGGUCAGGUGGCAGAAGGAUGACAUGGACCAUAACCUCAACUUCUUCUCUGUGUCAUCCGACGGCAGGAUCGUGUCUUGGACGCUCGUGAAGAGCGAGCUGGUUCACACUGACGUCAUCAAGCUGAAGGUGGAGGGCAGCACCACGGAAGGUCUCGAGGGCCUGCAGAUACACACAGUGGGCUGCGGCACUGCCUUUGACUUCCACAGAGAGAUUGACUACCUGUUUCUGGUGGGCACAGAGGAGGGAAAAAUCUACAAGAAUGCAUUUGUUGACCUGCUUGGGUGUCAGGAAGAGGGACUGACUGCAGGAAAGGAGAUGAAGAAUCUAGAGGGUGACUUUAGCCCAGCUCAGCAUCUUUCCCUCACGUCCUGCUCCCUGCCUGGGGGUGAAGGAGUGCUCCAAAUCCUACUCCAGCCAGUUCCUCGAUACCUACGACGCCCACAACAUGGCCGUGGAUGCUGUGUCCUGGAACCCCUACCAUACCAAGGUCUUCAUGUCCUGCAGCUCCGACUGGACAGUGAAGAUAUGGGACCACACCAUCAACUUUCCGCCCUUCCCCACUGCAGGACCCCGAUGUUCAUCUAUGACCUCAAUUCAGCUGUGGGAGACGUGGCCUGGGCACCGUACUCGUCCACUGUGUUCGCAGCAGUCACCACCAACGGGAAGACCCACGUGUUUGACUUGUCCAUCAACAAGUACGAGGCCAUCUGCAACCAGCCCGUGGUGGCCAAAAAGAAGAACAAGCUCACCCACGUGCAGUUCAACCCCAUCCACCCCAUCAUCAUUGUGGGCGAUGACCGAGGGCAUGUCACCUGCCUCAAGCUCUCACCCAACUUGCGCAAGAUGCCGAAGGAGAAGAAGGGCCAGGAAGUACAGAAGGGGCCAGCUGUGGAGAUCGCAAAAUUGGACAAACUGCUGAACCUGGUGAGGGAAGUGAAAACCAAGACCUGAGGGCCUGGCCUCUGAACCUGGCCCAUGUCUUGAACCUAGUACUUGUAGCCCCUGACCCUGAUACCCCAGUCCAGCCUUAGUACCCAGUAUGUGUCUGACACUACCCCUGAUCAGGUCCCAGUGCCCUGCUCUGGCCCUGGUCCCAU